AUGGACUGGUUCCCUAAGCGACGGGCAUUCUUUACCCUUCUGACAGCCUUUUUAUUACUAUCGCUCGUUGCAUUCUUUACGAAUCUCUAUCCUGCUCAAAUUGGCGACAUUGGUGCCUCGAAAGAAAUCGUGCCUGAUGCGCAUACUGUAGCGAAUGGAAACCAAGAUGCAGCACCACCUUCCUCAUCGACACCGACUGGAGCAGCAGCAGCCACCACUGAAGAGAAUGAUGAUGAGACACCUGAAGCUGAAGAUCUCGUUGAAGUGAACACCAAACCCACUGAUGCCAAGGAUUGGAAGCCCAAGACGUUCCCAGCGAUGAGUGCCCAAGUGAAGAAAGUGAUACAAUCGAAUGUGCUCAAGACGAAGAAGGAUGAUAUCUUGUUGACUGCCGUGGCGAACCAAGGCAUGGCUGAAUAUACAUUGAACUGGAUCGAGUCAUUGAAGCGUACCAAGUUGGAUACCAAGUUCCUUGUCUUUUCGAUUGAUGCUGAGCUGGAGCAGACGCUGAUCGAUCAUGGCUAUGGCGACCACGUUGUCCAGAUCCCGCAAGAGUGGUUCCACAAGCAACUCUCCAGCGAGUUUUCAAAAUGGCUUGAUUCAUCUUAUACACCCAUCACGCACUCAAAGACAUUGGUCGUCGAACGUUUGUUAUAUGAGGGAAUCACCGUCUGGUUCAGUGAUGUCGAUAUCGUCUUUACUUCCGAUCAUAUUUACGAUUACCUCGUCGAGAAACUCAACUCCCGAAGAAGCACCACCGAGCUCUUGAUCACCCAAGAAACAGAACAAAAGAUUACAAACUCGGGUUUCUAUUUGAUGCGACCUACCAACACCAACAAGCGUAUCCUUGCCGACACCAUCAUGAUCCAGGAUAAUGAACCCAAAGUCACUCAGCAACGUGCCAUGAACCGUGUCCUCGAUGAAAUGAACCUUUCUUAUCAAACCAGCUCCGUUGCAUUACUCGAUCUCUCUCUCUUCCCCCAUGGUCGUAUGUUCUUUGAACGCAAUAUUCCCAAAAAGUAUGGAUACGAGCCAUUGAUGGUCCAUGCCAACUAUCGUGUCGGAGAGGAAAAGAAGAAAUCACUCCAGGCUGCAGGUCUUUGGUAUAUUUAG